AUGCUGCUACCAAUGGAGCUCCGCACAUGCCGCGAGCCUAACGCACAACAUCAGUAUAAACCGUUCCGCAACACAGUCUUUACUCACCGACAUCUCGCAGCGGCACGAGGUCCAGGGGCCCUUUUUAAUGAAGAAUGGAACAGUUUAGCCGGCAACGCUCGGCGGUAUAAGUCACGGUCACUAUAUCGAACUGAGCGAGAUGUAAAUCCGACACCAACAGCUACAGUGCAAAGGUUCUACGACCCACAGGAGGCAACUGACGUCAGCUCUCAAGUUGAAAAGAAAGGGAACGCUGUCGUCGCGUUAAAGUCAAAUGUGGCGAGAUUCUCCGAGUCUUCUCAAGAUAAUGAAGCCUCCAGCCGCGGUCCUGGCUCUAUUAUGGCGCGUUUCCAGCACUCUUCGAAAAGAUGA